UAGCUCUGAUAUUUCGGUUUGUCCGGACGAAUUUCCCGCGCCUCGUCUUCAUUAUUCCCGCUCAGUAAACCCUAAUCCAAGAUGGGUCAGAAGCAGCAACCCUCUGCUGAUCCACGCCCCGACACUAAGAAAAAACGUCGCGUCGCCUUCUCCCAAAUCGAUACUGGUAUUCCCGCGAAAGAUUGCAUCAAAAUCUAUCUGGUUUCUACGAAAGAGGAAGUGGGAAGUACAGACAGUCUUUGCAUUGACCCAGUUGACUUGAACAGCUUCUUUGAAGAUGAGGAUGGAAAGAUUUAUGGUUACCAAGGUUUGAAGAUCACUGUAUGGUUCAGCAUUGUCUCAUUUCAUGCCUACGCUGGCAUUGUUUUCGAGAGCACAUCUGAUGGUGGUAAGGGCAUUACUGAUCUGAAGUCUGCACUUCAGAAUAUAUUUGCUGAGACCCUUGUGGACAACAAAGAUGACUUCCUUCAAACAUUUUCAAAGGAUGCCAAUUUUAUUGGAUCCCUUGUUGCUGAUGGAGAAGUAUUACAUCCUAAAGCUUCCUCCAACUGGCAAUUUAACGAGGCUAAGUUUCAUUUCCAAGCAGCUAAUUCCGAUUUGGAGGUGAUCCGAUUGCCUAUGGACAAGAUGGCUGGAAGAAACCUCUACAGUCGUUUGGUACCUCUUGCUCUUCUUCUUAUUGAUGGCAGCAGCCCGAUCGAUGUCACUGAUCCAAGAUGGGAAUUGUAUGUUCUUUCUCAAAAGAACAAUGGUCAAACUCAUCCUCGACUGCGUGGAUUUGCUGCCCUUUAUCGUUUCUAUCACUAUCCCGAUAGUUCUCGUUUGCGUCUGAGUCAGAUACUUAUACUCCCGCCUUACCAGAGUAAGGGGUUUGGACGUUUUCUUUUGGAGGUUCUGAAUAACGUUGCAAUAUCGGAAAACGUUUACGACUUCACCAUUGAAGAGCCUAUAAGUAAGCUACAGCAGUUGCGAACUUGCAUCGAUGUUAAACGUCUGCAGGGAUUCAGCCCCAUCGAAGAGGCUUUCAGUUCUGCCGUUGCGCAAUUUAAACUCGGAAAGCUAUCAAAGAAGAUCUCCAUCCCUCCACUUUUACCGUCACCUGAGGCUAUCGAAGCUGUUAGGAAAAGUUUGAAAAUUACAAAGGAACAGUUCUCACACUGUUGGGAGAUACUAAUCUAUCUAGGUAUCGAACACGACAAGCACAUGGAGGAUUUUAUUCUUGCAGUUUCAAGUCGAAUGCGAGAUGAUUUGAUAGGUGAAACCACAGACGCAGAAGGGAAGCAAGUGGUUGAUGUUCCUACCGAUUAUGAUCAAGAGAUGUCGUUCGUGAUGUUCAGAUCAACAAAUAAUGCAACUGGCGUCGAGAUGGACGAAUCACGAGCUAAUCAAGAGGAACAGCUCAAGAAGUUAGUAGAUGAUAGAGUGAAAGAAAUCAAGUUAAUUGCACAGAAGGUAUCUUCGGAUCAAAUCCGAAGCAUUUCGAAACCGUCCUAGAAGGAACUCUCUUUUCACAA